CAGGAGGAGGAGGAGGAGGAGGAGGGGAGAGGGAAGUUUGCUCACCGGCCGGGGAUUUACUGGAUAAAUUGCAGAGUGGCUCUCCUGAUGUACGGGAACUUGCGUGUGCAAGUAUUUCAAAACUUGUUCAGGAGAAAAUGGUGAUCCCAUCCUUUCUACAGAAAGAUGCUGUCAGGUGUUUGGGACCUAUGCUUCUUGAUCCGAGCGUAGCUGUCAGGGAGACAGCUGCUGGUGCACUCAGGAACCUCAGUGCUUGUGGUGGUUUCGAUGUGUGCGAUGAGAUGGUCAAACGAGGUAUCAUGACCCCACUCAUUGCAUUGUUACGGGAGUGUUGUACAGGAUUGGAUGCAAACAUGGCCGUUUUACAAAAAGGGAAAGGUGCACAGAAAAACUAUGUGGAGGAUAUAGCCAAUGAAGCUAUCCACCUUCUCUGGAAUUUGUGUGAGAGCAGCAGCAGGGCAGUGUUCGUAUUUAACAAAGAAGGUUUGCUGGAUGUUUGCCUUCAGUGCCUGAGACAAUUUUCCACAAAUGUUGAAUUGGCCCUUUCUGCAGCUUAUUGUUUGCAGGCAGUCACUGAGGACAAUGCUGAGCUUUUGGCGGCUUUAUCUCCCUCAGCUCUACAAGUGUUGGAAGUAGUACUCUUAUCAUCCAAAGAUACCACCGAACAUCUGCUGUUGCAAACACUUGUAGCAGGUACUGUAUGGAACGUGAAGAGUUUGAUACCUCCCAGUCGCAAUGCAGACACCAUAAAUGCUAUUGUAAAGAUUCUAUCCAACACAUUGGAGAUGAAUGCUAACCAAGUCAUUCUGAGCCUUAAGGAGGCUGAAUGUGCAGCAUCAAAGGUCCUGGGAGAGACUGACACAGAGGAGGAUAUCAUUGCUGAGGAGGAGGAGGAGGCUGCUACUUACCUGGAGGAUGGGACGCAAAAGGCUUCUAAAUUAAGGACAACGAAGAAAAUAACAAAUGAUGAUAUUUCAGACCUCCUACCACCAAAGAGUGAGGAGCUGAGGCACGCCACGGCCUUGCUAUCUGCUCAACAGACUGCUUUAGAGAUCAUCGUCAACAUGUGCUGUUCAGAAGAUCCUUCAGACGAUGAGUGGGAGGAAAUGUCAAGUAGUGACGAGAGCGAUUACAGUCUCUGCACCGAGAACUACAUCACUGAAGGGACUGGAGCACUGUGUACACCGCUGUGCCUAUCCGCAGAGGUCCAUUCUGCCCUCAUGAACUGCCUUAUUCCAAAAAAGGUGUUGGAGAAAACUACAUUCCCAGACACCGUUACUGUGAAUAUAUGUAUGAAUAGCCAGCCAUGGCGACACUGAUUACAAAGUAAAAUGAAGCGCAUACAGUGCAGAGCCCUGACGUGCCUCCACAACAUAUUAUCAGUAUUGGAUGUUGAGGGACUUGGAGGACCAGUGGCGCUUCAAGCCCUGUCACAACACCUUGCACAGCUAAUUUUCUCACAAACCGAGCUGCCAAAGGAUUCCGAGUUUUUAGAGGCUGUCACUGGUGCAAUGAGGUCUCUGUUCCAAAUUAUGGCUUCCCAAAAUCUUUCUCAGUCCAUGAGUCCUGAACAGCUGAUGGCUUUGUGUGAAGCUGUAGUGCAGUGUGAAAAUGCCAGCGCUCGUGUCAACGCAGUUGCCAUGUUGGGAAUCGGUGGUAGCGUGCUGGCAAAAGAAGAGAACACAGCUGAAACUCUCAAGAUGAUGGGCAGUUUUUUGGUGCAGGUAGCCACGAAGGAUUGUUCAUUGGUGGUGGUCGGCGAGGCACUGGAUGCCAUCAUAGAUGUGUUUGCAGACGGCAAAGAGGCAGACAAGGCAGCUGAUCAGAUUAAGCUCGUCCAAACCUUGAAGUCCUUUCAGCCAGUCUUCAAAGCAAGGAUGCGGAAGGAAGGAAAGGGUAACUAUGGUCCCGAUCAACUGCUUGUGCUUGACAAUGUAAAGAUGAAUCUGCGCCGAUUUAUUGCCUACCGAGAAGCACUGCCAAAUUAAGCAGAGGAAGACAAAUUGAGAAGCUGCUUUAAGUGCAACUGACGUUUGUAUUGUCAGACAGAAACUUCUAAAUGCAACAUUACUCAUUCAAUUGUAAUAGAAUACAAGAUACUAUUUUAAGACAUUUCCUAUCUUGAAUUAUGCCACCAUUUCUUACUGAUCUGGAAAAUUUAAGUUGGGAUGUUGCAACAAUGCUGUUGAACUGACAGUGUUAAUGUGUUAAUAUUAAAGAUUGUUAUUUCAAUAAAAAAAGUUCAAAAUCUUAA